AUGGAGAAGAAGAAGUAUCCGAUAGGACCGGAGCACUACACGAUCUAUGAGGAAGUCGGCCAAGGGGUAAGCGCCUCUGUACACCGUGCUCUCUGUAAGCCCUUCAAUGAGGUUGUCGCCAUCAAAAUCCUCGACUUCGAAAGAGACAAUUGUGAUCUGAAUAAUAUAUCACGUGAAGCGCAAACAAUGAUCCUAGUUGAUCAUCCUAAUGUCCUCAAAUCACAUUGUUCCUUUGUUAGUGAUCAUAAUUUAUGGGUUGUCAUGCCAUUCAUGGCUGGGGGUUCUUGUCUUCACAUUUUGAAAGCUGCAUACCCAGAUGGUUUUGAGGAAGUAGUUAUAGCUACUAUAUUACGCGAGAUUUUGAAGGGUUUAGAGUAUCUACACCAUCAUGGCCACAUUCAUCGAGACGUCAAAGCUGGGAAUAUCCUCAUUGAUUCACGUGGUGCAAUCAAGCUUGGAGACUUCGGCGUCUCUGCUUGCCUUUUUGAUAACGGUGAUCGGCAACGGAUGCGAAAUACAUUUGUGGGAACACCUUGUUGGAUGGCACCAGAGGUUAUGGAGCAACUACAUGGUUAUGAUUUCAAGGCUGACAUCUGGUCUUUUGGUAUAACUGCAUUGGAGCUUGCCCAUGGCCAUGCUCCCUUCUCAAAGUAUCCUCCAAUGAAGGUACUGCUUAUGACCUUGCAAAAUGCACCGCCUGGUCUUGAUUAUGAAAGGGAUAGGAAAUUCUCCAAGUCUUUUAAGCAAAUGAUUGCUAGUUGCUUGGUAAAAGAUCCUUCAAAACGACCUUCUGCCAAGAAGUUGCUGAAACAUUCUUUCUUCAAGCAAGCUCGGUCAAAUGAUUAUAUUGCACGAACACUUCUGGAGGGGCUGCCUGCUCUUGGUGAUCGCAUUAAGGAAUUAAAGAGAAAGGAAGAGUAUAUGCUUGCUCAAAAGAAAAUGCCAGAUGGUCAAAAGGAGGAACUUUCGCAGAAUGAAUAUAAACGAGGAAUUAGUGGUUGGAACUUCAAUCUUGAGGAUAUGAAGGCUCAAGCUUCUCUGAUCCAGGAUGUUGAUGACCCUACUCCUGAUAGUAGUCAGAUGGGGAGUUCUAGCUCUCUGAGUACUCUUGAUCCACAACAAAAGCAAUCACAAUGUCAAAACUUAUACCCAGUCACAGACAUGGAAGAUAAUGAUGUGAUUCGGAACCAACAAGCUCCUCUCGCAUUUGUUAACACAACUUUUUACGAUGCCAGAGUUAGAAAUGACAAAUCAGAUGAUGAUUCUAGCAUAGCUAGUUCUGGCCAUGACCUACAUAUGUCAAGGAAUUCUUCUCCUCAUAGCCUUGAAAGCAAUUUGAGUGAAAAGCCUAAUGUAGAUAUCAUUGGAAGAAUGAUGGAUCCUGUGGCUGGGAAUUCUCAUCAUAGAAGGCAAUUCUCAACAGGCAGUUUUAUCAUAUCAGAAGCCAAUGAUACAGUUGCAAAAGGAGAGAGUGAGAAACUGCAAAACCCGCCCCAAAGUCAUUCAGAUGGCAACGCAGCAGUUCCCCAACUAGCAGAUGAUAUGCUAUCUGAGGUUCCUCCUAAAGCAUCUAAAUCACCAGCAAAUACUGAUGAACUAGAUGAGAAAGCAAAGGCACCAGUUGUUCAGCAGAAAGGACGCUUCAAAGUCACAUCUGAGAAUGUUGACCUAGAAAAGGUCGUCCCUAUUCCUAUACUGCAAAAGAGUCACAGCUUGCAGGUUCGUAGUUUUGAGGUGAUUAGUAUGAAUCCCGCAAAUUCUCUGCCAUCAUCAGCUCUUCCAUCACCCUUACCUCCAUCACCACUAACAUUGCCUUCUGAUGUCGUCUCACCAGCUCUUCCAGGCUAUUCUCUUUUCGCCUUGUUAAACUUGAUUUUGCAGGGAAAUAUUACACAGAGGGAGAAUAUUCUUACUUUACUGAAGCAAAUUGUUGGAGAUUUCACAGCCAGCCGAUCAGUUGAUGGAGGAUCCACCCAGGCUGCUAAUGGGACAGAGAAAGAUUUGCCUCAAGCUAAUGAGAGGGAGACGGAAUUACUCAAUGAAAUAUCCGAGUUGCUUAAGAGGCUCGUGAUUAACUUAGAUGAGCUACAAAAAUUAAGAUUAGAUCCUGCCUAA